GCGCUUCGUGGCUCAUUGAAUACAUGAGUAUAUUUGUCGAUAACGGUGAACUGCAUUAGGUUAACAAUGUCGUAUUUAUUAGCCACACUUACAGCUUUAGUGCUGCUUAAUUCUGAGGCUUUUGGUAAAAGUGUGACGGGACUUUUUAAGAGUGAAGCAGCGAGGCAGCAGAGAGGACAGUUCAUCACUAAAUUCAUGUACCAAGGUUCUGAUGGUCUGCUGGUGAUCCGGCUGGAUAACGUUCCCCUGGCCACAGAGAAGGAGUCCAGACUGCUGCUGUUUCAGGACAUGGACUCACAGCUGGAGAGCCUCAACUGCUCGGAGAGGAUCAGCAAAGCUCAGCACGCCAUCUCUCUCACUGUAGAUGAAUACAACCAGACGAUCCCUAAAGAGUCGACUCCGACAGCCUGGCAGGUCCUGUACGCAGACAGAUACACAUGUCAGAAGGAUGCAGUGAUCCCUUCUCACCCUGAUCUCAGUUUCUCUAUCUUGCUGUUCAACGCUGACUCAGCAGGAAAUCCUCUGGAGCACUUCAGCGCAGAGGAGGCAGGUCUCCACACCUUUUACUUCCUCCUGCUGCUGGCCUACUUCAUAGCGAGCUGUAUUUACUUCAAGCCUCUGCAGCAGGCUCUGAAGAAAGGCGGCCCGAUGCACUCCAUCCUCAGAGUGCUGAGCACCGUGCUGGCUCUGCAGGGCUGCUCGGCGCUCUGCAGCUACAUCCACCUGGCCAGGUACUCCAGAGACGGUGUUGGUCUCCAUCUGAUGGGCAGCCUGGCAGAGUGUAUGUUCCUCUGUAUUCAUAUUUCAUACAUUUUCAACACAGAGAACAUCGAUGUGAUCUUUCACCUGGCGGCCAAAACACACGUUGAGACGUCAUUCAAAGCCCCGGGUAGUUUCCAGCAUGUGAACAUCGAAGGGACCAGAGUUUUACUGGCAGCCGCCCAUCAGGCCCCACACCAAUCACAGCGCUUCGUCUACGUCAGCACUGAUGAGGUGUACGGAGAGGGGCUGGAUCAGGUCUUUGAUGAGAGCAGUCCAAUGAGGCCCUCCAACCCGUAUUCUACCACCAAAGCAGCCGCUGAGUACCUGGUCCGCUCCUACUGGGACAAAUAUAAGUUUCCCAUCAUCAUCACCAGGAGUAACAACAUCUACGGGCCACGGCAGUACACUGAGAAGGUUAUUCCCAAGUUCCUCACCCUCCUUCAAACGAACAAGAAAUGCACCAUCCAAGGAGCCCUCCCUAAAUCCCGGCACUUCCUGUUUGUCGAUGACGCCAUCAACGCCCUCCGGCUCGUCCUGGAGAAAGGCAUUGUGGGAGAAAUCUACAAUGUGGGAACAAGCUGUGAGAUUCCCAUCAUGCAACUGGCUAAGGAGCUCGUUAAAAUGGUGAAGAACGUGCCGGACUCCGAGGUGAACGAUUGGCUGGAGUUCGUACCUGACAGGCCGUGUCUCGACCUGCGAUAUCCAAUCAGCUGUGAGAAGCUGCAGCAGCUGGGCUGGAGGGCGGACGUUUCCUGGACUGAAGGCAUCAGACAGACUGUAAAAUGGUACCAAGAUAACGCAGACUUUUGGUCGGACCAAGAACCAAUCAGGAGCAAGCUGGAAAAAGUCACAAACAAAUAAGUGCUUCCCUGCUUCUUGACUGACAGGAUGCAGAAAGACGAGGAGCAGUAUUUCCUACAAACUACAAAUGUUACAUGGCUGGACAAACACUGAAGACAUGAGCACACGUCAGUGUCGCUGUACACAAGAGAUUAUUUUUCUCAAAUGUUCCUAAAUGAUUGUCGAACCAAAAUAUGCCUUACAACAGGACGCCUCUCUACAACCAAAGCAACGUGAAUGCACUUUAAUAACCGUCUUGUCUGAAUGUAUGGAGACAUUUUGCAAUGACACAUGGUUUGUUUAAGGCUGACCAAAUAUUGUAGUGGAGGUGGGCUCAAAACAGGGAGGACAAGUAUUACAUUAAAGGUCCCGUGUCAUGGCCAUUUCUGCUGAUCAUAUUUCCAUUGUUGAGCCAGUUGAGGUCUACUUGAA